GAAUUGACCAAUGGAGUUCUAAACUUCUGAUGUAGUCAGAAACGGCACGACGGAUUUGAUCUCAAGAAACAUCAUCUAUAACUGUUCUAGGCAACGGACUUAAUCCAGAAACAUUUCAAUACCAGGUAUCGACGAUAACGAGCAAAACUCUGGGAACAUGAUGGACAAACUCAGAGCCGGAACACAUGAUUAAUGAAACGACAGACACUAUAACAACACAUGGUACCAAAUGUGUGGAAUAAAAAAUGUUAAACAGUUUGAUAGUCAGUUAAUAUCCUCUCAGGUACAAUAAGGUGGCCUAGGGAACUUUCCCCUCUCCUUGUUGAUUAAUCACUGUUAAAUAAAAACAAAAAGGGCGGGCCGGCUUCGGUAUUGAACAGGUGGCAGGGACAGUGAUAAGGCACAUUUACAGGACAGACAAUCGUCACAACUUAACGUCCUGUGUACUGCUUAGUAGAUGGUUAUGUAACAGAGUUUACAUAUCUACCAAGGCAAUUUGAACUAGAUGAAUAUGUUACGGACAGGUCUGAUCCUAGGCCUUCUUAUCAUUGUCCAGGUGGUCAGUACAUGUAGGUGGAAUCCUGACGCCGGACUGGUCACCUCAUGGACUAAGGUAAGCGGGGUUACUUCGAACGCGUCAACUGGUAACAACCCCGGCCUCGUUUUGGAUGGCAAUGACAAUACACAUUGGACUUCCGGUUCCUGUUUACCAACAGGAUACUUGACACGCCCGGGUCUGAACGCUUUGUUGAAUCUAUGUCAAACUCCUGCAUGUCAAAUGAACGGUGAAUCGAACCAUGAUUUACACCAACUUACCGACAGCAGUUUUUACACAACCAGUUUAGUAGACGUCGGACAGAAUAACAAAGCCCAGUUGACGUUGGACACGAGUGGAAAGAACUUCACCCAGAUAUCUGUGUGGGGUAUUUACAAUGGAGACACUGAGCUAAAAGUUGAGGAUGCACACGGCACUGAAACCGUAAUAUAUACAUUCAACCAAAGUGACAAUUACCAUCGAAGAACGUUUGAUGUGUCCACUAGUGUGGAUGUUAUAACUCUAGAAUCCGACACCUCUUUCCGAAUGAAGGAGAUAGCAGCUCUGGGGCGUGGCGGCUGCCUGGAGAAGAUAGUGGUAGACUUGGGUGUAUUACGGAGGAUAGGUGUUGUACGUACGAGGCACUGGGCAGGGACAAACUCGGCCUAUAGCACAAGUCUCCUGUUGUCUGCAGAUGGACAAACGUGGGACAAAAUCCGAGAUUUACAGCCUACCGCUUUACAUGCCGUGUCGACUCGACUUCAAUCCCCGAGAGAAUAUAGAUACAUAGCGCUGGAGUACGACGUGAAACUCAAGAAUUACAACAAAGUUUACUGUUGGGAAAUUGAUUCAUAUGACGAGUUGGGGAUCUGGGGAGCCGCACCAAAUGCUGAACCAAACCCUGUGUCCAUAAGAGACAUGCUCGGGGUGAAUGGUAUCUGGGGGUGGGGACACAAUCCGAAUGGCCCCUCGCUGUAUAGCAGGGUAGCGUCUUACGCAAGGAAUUAUCACAAUUUAAAUUGGGACGUACAGGACCCAGACUUCGACCCACAAUUUGAGCAGAUGGGUCAAGGUCAUGGUACUAAUGCAUCCUGGUGGCUUAAUUGGGAUAGAGAAUACAGCACGUGGCAGGCGGCCGGUCUUCAAGUGGACACAUCUAUUCAGUUUCUCAGCAAGACAUUCCCAGCUAGUACUUGGAACACUCCGAGAAAAUCUGCGUACACAUAUGGUAGGGAAUUCGCCCGACACUUUGGUCCUCAAAUAGGCAACGGCUUAGUGACCGCAAUGGAAGUGGGGAACGAGCCGUGGGAUUAUAGUGCAGAUUUUUAUGCAACGGUUUUAGAAGGCAUGGCUGCAGGGGUGAGAGACGUCGAUCAAAUAAUAAAUGUCCUUCCCGGAGCGUUCCAGGCUUAUACUAUUGCCCCUGAGGAACCAACACGCGGAAAUUAUAUAGGAACAAGAGUGGGAAGUGGUGUUGCAACGUUCAUCAGUGUCAUCAAUACGCAUGCGUAUAGCUUUAUAACCAAUGAAAACGGUCAGAGAGUGGCCACUUAUCCAGAACAUCCGGACUCGACCUUCAAUAGCGUGCGGAACAUGAUUCGAUGGCGGAACAUAAACACUCCAGGUAAACCGGUUUGGCUGACAGAAUGGGGUUGGGACGCCGACGGCGGCAACGAGGACUGCGCUGCAACAGAAUGUGUAGCGGAAAGCGCUCAGGCUCUCUACGGGGCUCGCGGACUCUUUCUUGCUGCUCGUCUUGGACUUGGCAGGGCUACAUGGUAUUUCUACGCGAACACUGACACCUGUAACACACUGUUCUGUAGGAGUGGUUUAACCACCUCUUCCAAGCAUAACUUCACGGAGAAAGCUGUGUUUCAUAUGUUCGAGUCUGUUCUAGGUAAGUUAGGAGAGACCCAUUUCCGUGCUGCGAUGAAGGAAGAUGAACAUGGAUAUGUUUACUUAUUUGGUCCAGCUGAAGCCUUCAAACAAGUCACCCAUCUAGUCGCAUGGCUUCCAUUGGAUGCCAGUGACGUAUCGACAAGAACGGUAACCGUGACGUUGCCAGACGCGUUAACGCCCGUGGAGGCUUGGCGACUCACCGGAACUCACGUAGCCCUACAGGACGAGUCAAAUCCCGUCGUACAGGGACUCACCAUGACAAUGACUCUGUCCACCAGGCCCCUUAUUGUGCGCGUGAUAUACCCAGAUCACGUGGAAACCAUAGGUUGAACUUGACGUCACUACAACCUACUGUACCCGGGGUGGAUAUGGUGUUGUUGCCUCCCUGUGGAACUUUGGGAUAGAUAUUGUGGUAUUCCUUCCUUUAGAAUAAACAAAAUAAAACAAGUGACUACUAUGAGUA